AUGAAGCUACUGGACUUCAGGUCUCAGCCUCUCGUGUCACAUACGGCUGGGAGUGGCGCAGUUUGGAUGACUCGCCGGCCGACCAUUCGCAUCUGGCCAAGCGUCUCACGACGGAGCGCAAUACCGUACUUCUGAAUGGCCUCCAGCCAGGCGCCAUGAGCGUCAAGGGUCGCUGCCUGGUCACCUACCGUCCACCGGUCAAAGAAGAUGGACCAAGCUUCCUCUACAAAUCAAACUUCUUCUUCGUAUACCCAAUUCAGCAAGAGACAAUGGAUAAGCCAGAACCUGGGCUUGAACCUGGCACUUUACCAGCUGAAGCAACUGAUAACCGUGUUAUACUUCGUGUUAUCGGCCUCAGCGAAGACGGAACACUGACCGCCGUUGAAGGCUCUGAUGCCGAGCUUAAAAUAGAGGCAUAU